AUGAGUGACUUCUACAUUGUUAUUGAUACUAGCACCACCUGUGACAACACCAAUACCUACGUCACAAAAGACUCUACGGAGUUGAUUUCAUUGACAUGGACAGUUUUGGAUGUUACAACGUUGGAGAGUGUACAUCAGAAAACGGUGUUGGUCCGCCCCAUGAAUACACCAAUCACUCCCUUUUGCCAACAAAAGUAUAAACUAUCAUGGGAGCAUGUUCGGGAUGCCGGAUCAUUCAAGGAUGCUAUUAACAAGUUGGAUCUGUAUAUACAAACCGUUCAAGGUGAAUUUGUGUUUGUCACAUUUGAAUUGUCAAAAUUAACAGCUCAGCUCCCACGAGAGGCACGCGAUAAGGGAGUUGUAUUGCCUCCAUACUUGCAACACCCACGGGUUUUUGAUUUGCCUAAAGAAUACUCAAAAUGGCUUGCGAGCCACCCAGAAGCUUUAUGCUAUACAACGCCGUCUCUAACAAAUAUGAUAACUGCGUUGGAAGUUGAGCCUGCUGAAGUGCCAAAUGUGUACUCCAGCAUUACUAAACAAUUGUUGAAAAAGUCUCUCCCAGUGGAAGAUCAUCCUAAUGUAUUCACCAAACCAUAUGAUAUUGCCAAAGAUGUCAAGGCAUUUGUUUCUGAACAAUCAAAAGUGCUUUAUCUUUCGAAUUUGCCAAGUGAUACCACUCAGUCAGAGUUGGAGUCUUGGUUCACGCAAUAUGGUGGCCGUCCAGUGGCAUACUGGACAUUAAGUGGUAAAGGUGUCUCCGGGUUUGCUGUAUUUGGUACCCACGAGGAAGCUACCGAGUCGCUAGCCAUGAAUGGUAAAGCAUUGAAUGAUUGUGUAAUUGAGGUUCAGCCAUCGUCAACGCUGGUGCUUGACAAGGCGAGUGAUUUGCUAACGCCAUUUCCUGCUUCGAAAAACAGGCCGAGACCUGGUGAUUGGACGUGUCCGUCAUGUGGAUUUUCCAAUUUUCAAAGAAGAACACAUUGUUUUAGGUGUUCAUUCCCGGCUUCCAGUGCCGUGGCGAUCCAAGAGUCGAUCUACAAGAGUGAUGGCGAUGCUAGUCCAGCCUCGGUUGCUGACUCUUCUGUCACCCACGUUGCCACCCCCACUCCUACUUUCAAAUCUGUUUCCACUUCCACCUCCACUACGUCUCACAGGAAUGUCCCAUUUCGUGCUGGAGACUGGAAAUGCGAAACGUGCCAGUAUCACAAUUUUGCCAAAAAUUUGUGCUGUUUGAAAUGUGGGUCGUCAAAGCCCAUCUACACACAAGGACCCAUUCACAAUGUCAACACCACUGCUGCUGCUAUUGCUGCUGCCACUGCCAGUGGUCAGCCUUACAACAAUUUUGUAAGAGCGCUUCCAGAAAAAAUGAAUUCACUAAAUUUUAUAGAAAAAUAA